UGAACAACAUUCCACACUCUUCUUGACUUGCCAUCUCGUCUUUUCUCUUCAUCCCCUUUUCCCAGCCUAUUGAUAUACUCCAAGUCAUCUCAUUGACUACCCCUCUCAUCAUGGGUGAGAAACAGAAUGCUGUGAUUUUUCAAGGCUUCGAAUGGAACUGCUCGGCAGAUGGCAAGCAUUACCGAAGGCUACUCGCUCAACUUCCGCAGCUGAAGGCCAUUGGCAUCACUGCCAUCUGGGUCCCGCCUGGCUGUAAGGGAGCCUCACAAGAGGGAAAUGGUUACGACAUUUAUGAUUUGUAUGACCUUGGAGAGUUCGAUCAGAAGGGAGGUGUCCGCACCAAAUGGGGAACCAAGGAGGAGCUCCAGGCGUUGACGGCCAAAGCGAGGGAGUUGGGCAUCGGCAUCUAUUUCGACGCCGUCCUCAAUCACCGCUGCUCGGCCGACAAGAAGGAGAAGGUCAUGGCUAUUGAAGUCGAUAGAGAUGAUCAAAAAACGCCACUGUCCGACCCAUAUGAGAUCGAGGCUUGGGUCGGCUUCGACUUCCCAGGCAGAGGUGACAAAUACUCUUCGCAAAAAUACCACUGGUAUCAUUUCGGUGGAACAGACUUCAACGCUGCCAACGAUAAAGAAGCUCUCUACAAAUUCCAGGGCGACGGAUUAGAUUGGGCAGAGUCCGUCGAGGAAGGCGAUGACUUCCUUCUCGGUGCCGACUUGAACUACUCUCAUCCAGAAGUCCAAGCCGAUGUCAAGAACUGGGGUCCCUGGAUCGUCAAAGAGCUCGGGCUUUCUGGAUUCCGGUUGGACGCCGUCCGACAUUUCUCGGAGCGUUUCUUGAACCAAUGGGUGGAACACGUUACGAAGAACACCAAAGAAGAUCUCUUCUUCGUCGGUGAAUAUUGGCACCCUGAGCUCGAUGCCCUCGUCAAGUGGCUUGAGGAUAUGGACCACAAGUUCUGUCUGUUUGACGCCCCUCUGGUCUACAAUUUCGCACGCAUCAGCACUACCAAGGAUGCUGAUCUGAGGACAAUGUUCGACAACGCGCUCAUCAAAGCCAAGCCAGUCAACGCAGUGACUGUUGUGAACUCACAUGAUCUCCAACCUGGCCAGACGAUGGCUAUCAACAUAGAAGGCUGGUUCAAGCCGCUCGCUUACUGUGUCAUCCUCCUUCAAGACGCAGGGUACCCAUCAAUCUUCUUCGGUGAUCUAUUCGGCAUCAAAGGCGAACAUCCUGAAGAGCCUAUUGCGGGCGGAAAGCUUGCGGACAUGGUUCUUGCACGCAAGCUCUACGCAUACGGACAGCAGGACGCCUACUUGGAUGAUCCGAACUGUGUUGGCUUCGUUCGACGCGGAACGGCUGACCAUCCGGCAGGAUUGGCUUGCAUCAUGUCUAACACUGGCCCAGGAGAGAUUCGUAUGGCCGUCGGCGAUUUGCACGCUGGGCAGAAAUGGACAGAUUUGCUAGGCUGGUCACAAGGCGAGGUCGAGAUUGACAAUGAGGGUUAUGGUGUCUUCAGAUGCCCGGGAGUCUCCAUCUCACUUUGGGUCAGGUCGGACGCAGAGGGCAGGGAUCAAUUCCCUGUCAACUUCGACAGCAACUUCUAUGCUGACUGAGCGGCCAUACUGGGCAAGCUGCGAUGUAGCGAAGUCUGUUCACAACGAGCAAAUUCAAAUAGACAUGAUAGUUACA